UUUACCCUCGGAGGGGUAAAAAAGAUGACCGUGGUGUCCCAGGAGAACCACGACGACACUGUGGUCGUAACUCCUUUGUUGCAAGAUGCUGCUGACUUGGAAGCAGCCGACACGGAGUUCAGCGAGCGCGUGGUCAUCAACAUCUCGGGUCUGCGCUUCGAGACGCAGCUAAAGACCCUCUCGCGCUUCCCCAGCACGCUUUUGGGAGAUCCGCGUAAACGGAUGCGUUUCUUUGACCCUCUGAGGAAUGAAUACUUCUUUGACAGGAACAGGCCGAGCUUUGACGGCGUCCUCUACUAUUACCAGUCAGGAGGGAGGCUCCGGAGGCCCGUCAGUGUACCUGUGGAUAUUUUCCUGGAGGAGUUAAAGUUUUAUGAAUUUGAGGAGGAGACCAUUGAACUUUUCAAAGACGAUGAGGGUUUAUCGAGGGAGGAGGAUCGCCCUCUGCCAACCAACAUAUACCAACGCCAGUUAUGGCUCCUUUUUGAAUAUCCAGAAAGCUCAGGACCUGCACGGAUAAGCGCCAUUGUGUCUGUUGUGGUUAUUUUAAUAUCCAUUAUCAUAUUCUGCAUGGAGACUUUACCCGAGUUUAGAGAGGUCCCACUGGUGCCAAAAACUCAUCCCAAUGGGAGUAUCAUCGCCUUUGAGGCCAGUCCGUUCACAGAUCCGUUUUUCAUGGUGGAGACACUUUGCAUCGUGUGGUUCUCCUUUGAGUUCACCAUGAGGUUUCUGUCGUGCCCCAGUAAAGCAGCUUUCUUUAAAAACAUCAUGAACAUAAUCGAUGUUGUGGCAAUAGCUCCAUAUUUUAUCACCCUGGGCCUUGACCUGGCGGAGCAUCAGGGCAGCAGUCAGCAGGCAGCGUCUCUGGCCAUCCUCAGGGUCAUCCGUCUGGUCCGAGUCUUCAGGAUCUUUAAACUUUCCAGGCACUCCAAAGGUCUCCAGAUCCUGGGCCAGACGCUUCACGCCAGCCUCAGGGAGCUGGGACUGCUCAUCUUCUUCCUGAUCAUUGGAGUUGUUUUAUUCUCCAGUUCGGUUUAUUUCGCAGAAGCAGAAGACCCAGAUUCUGGAUUUACAAGUAUACCCGAUGCGUUUUGGUGGGCAGUGGUGACAAUGACCACAGUUGGAUAUGGAGACAUGUGCCCCUCCACCAUUGGGGGCAAAUUCGUUGGAUCGUUGUGCGCCAUUGCAGGAGUGCUAACCAUAGCUUUACCUGUCCCUGUCAUAGUGUCAAAUUUCAAUUAUUUCUACCACAGAGAGAACGACGAUGAGGAAAAUGUUGUGUAUGUGCACGUCAAAUGCGGGCAGCAGCAGCAGCCCUCCUUAAGUGAAAGUGAUUCAAACAAAAGCAACCAGUCGCUCUCCAAAACUGUGUCCUUCCAGGAGAGCGACGACUUGGAAACUUUGACACAUCCAAAAGUAAUCCCAGUGGAGACAUACACAGUGAGACUGACAGAGGUAUAA